AUGUCUUAUCGUGCUAUCACUUCACCGGUCGUACGCCGCCUGUUGGAAGCAAACAACCGCAAGGUUAUGCAAAAACGUUUUGCUUCGUCUCGCGAUUACUCUCAGGAACUGCGUGGUUUUACCAUGACGGAUAUCAAGAAGAAUCCUGCUGUUAUACCAUUGGUGCUCAUCAUGACAGUAGCUGUUGUAGGAUGUACGGGCUUCAUUUUUUACUCGAGUGGCACCCGUACGGAUGUGAGCUUGAACAAAAAAAUAUUCCCGCAUGAUACCAUGGACGUAAUGCAGCCGCAGAAAAGAAAGAUUUUGGUGUUCAAUCAAAAGUACGAACCCAACCCGGAACUAAAGGAAGCGCUCAGCUACCGUGAGGAAUACCAAAAAUUGGCCGAUAAAUAG